AUGCCGCAGCAGCUGCCCGUCCUUCGGCAUGAGCGGCAGGCGCAGUCAUCGCUGACACCCGUCUCAUCAUCCCUCAUCUCCCCCACGUCUGGCAACGACCGAAACGUAUGCUUUGGCCCAGCGAGUCGCACAAGCGUCUCUGUCGCGUCAAUUGCGUCGACACAGCGUGCCCUCCUCCCAUCAUGCGUGGGGUGCACUGUUGUAGUGCCCUCGCUACAGCGCCAGCAGCAUGAGAAAAACAACGCCGACGUAUGGCGGAGUAGGAAGGCGGCCUCGGCAAGUAAGGCGGUAGUGCCAAUUUUCACCGCCGCCGCCGCUGCGACGGCUACAUCAUCCAUCCGACUCAGCGAAUCGCUCGCUCACACCAGCGUCGCCGCAGCAGCGGCCGCGCCGUCGUUGCACCUCGAGUACGUCGGCCUUGGCCCUUCGCUGGCGAGAGAGUCGUACCUGCCUCAUGCAGAGAGCCCCGGUGCACACGACAGUGCAAGCACCAGGAGCGAUGUACUUGCCCUGCAAGAUGCUACCACGGGCCUCUUUGUGCGACACCUCGGCCUCAACAGUCUACCUGCCACGGUGCAGGCAGACGACGACGAUGGCGAUGAUGGCGGCGCAGCCGUGCCGCGCGGUGGGGAUGACGACGGCGACAGAGCCUCCCCCACUGCCUCCUCAGCUCUGAUGGGCGCCACCCCUGUCAUAUCCACCGCGCUGCUAGAGGCUGGUGUCGACCACCGCAUUAGCCCAUUUCUGCUCGAUCAGCUCAUCCAGCGCAGUUACCGUCGAACUCGCUCCACAGUUGCCGCCUCUAGAAAGCGCGGCCUCAAUCGGAAAGGACAGCUGCAGAACGGGCUCAAGAAGCCCACCUUUCUAAAAGGCACCGCUGCUAGUCUGCAGCGGGGCGGUGGUACGGCGGCCGUCAUGCUUGAAGGUCCCGCUGCUGAGUUGCACUAUCAUGAACUGCCCGCAAUACAGGCCGCCUCCGAAGCGCACUACACUUCGGCAGCUGUGGCGCAGCCCAACACGGGUGCACCGGCCGCCUCAGGAACGAAGCAGCUGCUCGACCUCAUCGCUGAGUACGCCAACGACCUCAAUGCAGGGGAGACGGUGGGAAAGACACCCCACGCUACCGCUCCUGGGAUGUCUUCUACUGAGCACGCCCACAUUGCCGCCGCAGUGAGCGCCAACGACGGCGCGCUUGUGCGACAACUUGUGGAGCACUACUGCACGCGUAUUGAGGCCAUCUCUCCCACGCGCACGUCGACACGUGCAGCAGUAGUCGUACCCCCGACGCGGGCGAACAUGCAGAGCCGAACAACGAGCAAGGACAAGAACGCGCGAGCCGGCCCUGGCGCGAACGGCGGCGACGCGAGUGAGGGCGGUGCGGCGUCACCCGCGUUCCCGCUCACGUCCGCCACACCAGCCUUUUCUCUACUCGACGCAGUGAUGUGCGUGAGUCGCGAGUUCGUGGCGCAACGUUCGGCGGCUGGGGUGCCCGGCCAAAGCACCAGCGCGCUCAGCGAGCGGCGCCGACGCCUGCUGGAACGCUUAACAAGCCUAGACCAGACACGCAUCCCAGAGACAUGGUGGGUGACAAGCCUGCCGUACCUCGGUCGUCUCGUUACCGCGACCGGAACAAGGUCCAGCACAGCCGCAUCGGCUGUUUCAGUUGGGGAGGAAGCGAGGCACGUGUCGAUGUUGGCGACGGCAGACAGAACUCACACAAGAGCAACGCGAAUGAGCCGCGCGAGUCGUAUGGCGCGUAGCGGCGGGACAACAUCGUCGCCGCCGGUGGAGAGCUGGGCAAGCGAGCAGUCGGACGAGUUCCGCUGCGAAGCAGAUACAGCUGUGAAGGAGGCGAUCCAAAAGGCCUCUGUGAUCCGGACUGGUCCAGUAGACAGCGAGGCCCUCAGCAGCGGCGUCGGAGGUCAGAUCGCUUUUGGUGCCGGCGCCUCCCACAACAUCUUCCCUGCUGUCCGCCCGGUGGAGCGCUCACAGGUGUACCUCCUGGCAGAGGUGCUGGACCGCAUGCUGCGUGACCCAUCCCACCCACGCUGGCUGUCACUGCUUGCCGAUCCGCAGGUGGCGCGCUACGUACUCGCCGAUGAUGACGAUACAGAGGAUGACAAUGCUCAGCGACGCAGCAGCAGCUACAGCACCCUGGACACCAGUCUCUGGGGCACGCCUGGAGAACAACGGCUCUUGGCCUACACAGACGCGGCCACACAUGUGCUAGAAAUCCUUGACACCGGUCUUGCUGAGCUGGUGCGGCAGGUGGCGAGCUACUGUGUGGAGCGCGGCGCCUUGCUCGACCUGCUACGCCAGUCCACCAUGGACAUUGCUAGCGCACAUGUGCACCUCCUCAGUCAGGUAAAGCAGCAGGCGCACGUCGACGCGCUGGCAACGCAGACACUGCGGAAGGAAAAGGCGCAGCUUCAGCAAGAGCUGGAGGCGACACGCAAGGCGCUUGAGGAGCUGCAAAGCACCCACGCCGCGCUCUGCACCCGCGUUGAGCCGCUGCAGCGCAAGAGUGACCGACUCGAUGAACUCGUGGCGCGCGUUGCCGCCAAGGCACGCCGCUUCGAAACCUCCCGUCACGACGAGCACGCAGCGCUACUGCAGGUGCUGAAGGAGUCGAUGGAACAGUCCGCUGGCGCCGCGCUCGACAGCUUCUUCACGGAGAUGCACGGCUUGCAGGCGCGCCACGAGGGCCUUGAGGAGGGGGCUGCGACGACGCACAGGGCCACCGCAGCCGAAAUGCCGUCCGUCACCGUUGCACGCAGCCAAGCCCUCGAGCAGCGGCAGACGAUGGAGCAACUCUACACUGUGUCGUACCGACUUCUGCACGGGCUGCAAGAUGCGAUUACAGCAACGAACUCGCUCUGUGGGCAGCUCUGUGACAAGAUGAUCCUGAAGGACGUGUCACCCGCCGCCAAGGUCGCCACGUCUCGCUGGGCCGCCGUCGCACGGGCUGUCGGCGCCUUCGAGAAGGAUAAGCGCCACCGCCAGCGCGUGUACGAGGUUUUCAUGGAGUACUGCACCGAGCACCGUCAUAAGCGCGGUGCCAAGGCGGACCUCGAGGCGGUGCAAACUGGCUACACGACGUUGAACAACACGGCCAACAUUGCCCGACAGGACUGCAGCUAUGGUGAGGCGUUUCUUGUGAACGACAGUAAGGUAAUGCACUGCUGCGAUACCUUCGGCGACGAUAAAGAGCCAUCACUGGUGUCGAACGAGUCCUCUGCGCUCCUGACGCUCACAGAGGAGACGAGUCCUGACGAACGGCGGCCGCGGCGCAAGAACAGCACCGCGAAGAACGAGGAAGGCGUCGACAUCGACCAGGCCGCCGCCGCUGCCGCUGGGGCACGGGAGCAGAUGCAGCAUGAGGUAGUCAUGACUGGCACCAUUAUCACCCGUGACGAUCUGGAGGCGAUGCAGGCAACGGAUUGCACGGUGGAGGAGGUAAACGCACUCUUUCGCAGGGACUUCAACAUAUACAAGUAUCUGCACGGAUCAUGGCAGCAGUACGUGCUGGAGCGGCUGGAGCAGGCACAGCAGGGCACCGGGGCGGUGACCACCAAGACGAGCGGUCCUGGUGAGCACUAUACCGCUGUGGAGAAGAUGUAUACCCUCCGCUUGCCGGACGUGCUGCAGAUGCUGAGCGACGUGAGCGCGACGCUGGCGGAGGUGACAGUGCGCAUGAACGCCAUGACGAGCAGCGCCGUGUUGCAGGCUGGUCUGCAGCCGCCUCUCGAGCCUCCGUCGCACCCAGAGCAGCCCUGCCCGCUGUGCAGUCGUCGCGAUGCAUGUGAGCUGGAGCGACAACGGCGACGUGAGGCGAUGUCCCGUAUUGCUCGUGAUCUGCAAAGCAAGAUGGACGCCGUGGAGGCAAAGAGUCGUGCAGCGCUGACAGGGCGUGACGAGGCGCUGCGCGAGGUACGGCGACUCAAAAUGGAGCUGCAACACUCAGGCGCGACCGCGCCUGCUCGUGGGUCGGCUGCAUUGGGAGCACAGCAACAGCAAGAGAUGCAGUUGAGGUCUUCGCAAGGACACCGUCAGCAGCGACGCAGGUCCUCACAUCGGCAUGCAGCAGUGGAUUCCCCUGUCACGGGGUCGCCUGUCCACCAAGCACCUCUGCGGAGUCUCGGCAGCGGGUCUACCAGGCUUGGCAGCAGCAACAGGGGUACGAUGGAAGCCACAGGGUGCUCAGAGAGCUCGGUGGGGGUGUCGACGGGGAUACUGACCCCACCCGACAAGUGCCUUUUCCCGCCCAUCACGAGCGGUGCGAGCUUGGGAACGUCGAUGUCUCCGCAACACAGUCGCAUUAGCUUCUUCGACGACGUGCAUGUCGGCGAUAGCUUCACCACUGCAAGCUACGAAGACAGCAGCCAUGUCGGCCACCUCUCAAUUCCUGUACGACGCCGCUCUACCGCCCAGAUGGUAGCCAAGCCGGGCCACUCUGCAGCACAGGCUGACUCUCCUUCCAGCCUUUCGGUCACUAACGUGACCGUCUCGCCGCGGACAAGCCGCAAGUCUGGCGUCGAGUUCCUUGUGACCACUGGCCAGGAGGGCCCCCUUGGCGACCCUGCAAACGCGCCACCUGGCAACUACACUGAAGGCGGCGGUGUAACCAACAAUGCCCGAGAAACAGAGGUGGAGGCGCGGCAGCAGCAGCAGCUACGGUUUCCCUCAGGUGGCGGCGCGCCGGGGCAACGCCAGAGCCGCUGA